CACAUAUUUACUUUCCCCCAAACCACUAGAAAGUGACAGCGAGGCGACAUCGAAAUAGAGGUGACUUACAAAAGUAAUUCAACAUUUUAAAGUUUUAAUUUAGACUAUUUCAAAAUGUCCAACAAACUUUUGGUAAAAAACGCGAAACAGGUGGUUUUAAUUUGCAACAACGGUGAGAAGUUCCUGACGAAGGAUGGGAUGCUAAAGCUGUGUGUGAUUGAGAACAGUAGUUUGGUUAUCGGGAGCGACGGCCUGAUAAAGGAUAUUGGACCAGCGAGCACCAUUGAUUUCCAAUAUGCAGGGGUCUCGUUUGAUAAAGUCAUCGAUGCAACUGGCAUGUGUGUCAUUCCAGUUGUGCUCUUUGAUUAUUGCGUUUCAGGACUGGUUGAUGCACACACCCACCCCGUAUGGGCUGGAGACAGGGUGCAUGAAUUUGCCAUGAAGUUGGCUGGUGCCACCUACAUGGAUGUGCACUGUGCCGGAGGAGGGAUCCACUUCACAGUGGAGCACACCCGGGCUGCUCUUGCCUCCACCCUGCUGACCUCUCUGACAGGCAGGCUGGGUCGGAUGCAGCGGGCAGGCACUACCCUGGUGGAGUGUAAGAGUGGCUACGGCCUGGAGCUGCAGACAGAGCUGAAGAUGCUGGAGGUCAUCGAGACGGCCAGACGUACCCUGCCAAUCAAUAUAUCGUCUACCUACUGUGGCGCACACGCCGUCCCUAAGGGUAAGACUGUUGCCGAGGCGACAACAGACAUCCUUAAGGUCCAGUUGCCGCGGCUACGUGAGCGUAUGUCAGCGGGGGCCCUGAGGGUGGACAACAUAGAUGUGUUCUGUGAGCAGGGUGUGUUUGACCUGUCCUCCACGCGCUCCAUCCUGCAGGCUGGCCUGGACAUGGGCCUCAACAUCAACUUCCACGGAGAUGAGCUGCACCCCAUGAACUCUGCACAGCUGGGGGCAGAGCUUGGUGCCUUGGCUAUCAGUCACCUGGAGGAGGUGACAGAUGAGGGCAUCGCUGCCAUGGCGACAGCUAAGACCGCCGCCAUCCUGCUCCCAACUACCGCUUACAUCCUACGGUUGCCCCAGCCACGGGCCCGAGACAUGCUGGAGGCUGGGGUCAUUGUUGCCCUGGGCAGUGACUUCAACCCUAAUGCCUACUGUUGCUCGAUGCCGGUGGUGAUGCACCUGGCAUGUGUCAACAUGAGGAUGUCCAUGCCUGAAGCUCUGGCCGCCGCCACCAUCAACGCAGCCUACGCCCUGGGCCGCUCUCACACGCACGGCUCCCUGGAGGUCAACAAACAUGGCGACCUGCUGGUCCUCAACGCACCACGUUGGGAGCAUCUCAUCUACCAGUUAGGAGGACACCAGGAACUGAUCCGCUACGUUGUCAUCAGGGGCAACGUCGUCUACAACAACGACAAAACCAUGGACUUCUAACUCCAAAAUUGGUUUUGAAUAAUUGUUCUUCCCCCAGACAUAGUCUCACACGGCCCUUAGCCCCGUGGCCUAGUGGACAGGGCUGUGUGUCCCUAUAAAUGGACACAGCUCACAGUCAAGGUUUUGUAAAUAGACAGUUAAUAUUAACCAGAUAUUCAAUGUCAGUUGGGUAUGUGGUAACAUUUGAGUAUCGGCUUUGAACCAUUGUUUCUCCAAUCUCCAAAUUACUGUAGAGUUGGGUAGGGUUCAUAUCCAGUAAGUGUUUGUUAAAAAUAACGUGAUUGAAAUGUUUUUCUUACCAUAAACAAAAGUCUCCAUUC